UUAGCAAUCCACACGCAUUUUCGCCAUAUGCUUCUCAUCCGCGGGAGAUGGCUAUUCUUUGUUGCAGGCAGCUGCAGUAUGGGCGUGAUGUUUGUCCGGUCCUAGCUAUCUAGGUAAUAUAUUUAGUUUGCUGCUAAAUAGUGUAUCUAUUGUUGGUCUAAAGUCCAGUGUAACUUUACAGUGAAUUCGGCAAAUCAACAAACUGGUCCUGAAACCGAGUCAUGCUUUGAAGCCAUAGCUAACGCAAUCCCCCAGUUUAGUUGGGACUAUUUUACGACCGAGGGAAAGCGGCGGAUUGCUCGUAGUGACCAGGCUAAAAGCCAUGUGCUGUUCUGUUUACAAAAUUAUUGCGAAUACAGAAUGUUGAAGAGGUUGUGAUUUUGGGCUCGAAUGAAAAAGAAAUGCAAGAAGUUCCUUCAAGAGUUUUACAGUGAGGAUGACAAUGGAAAGAAGGUGUUCAAAUAUGGAGCUCAGCUUGUUGCCCUGUCCCACAGGGAGCAGGUGGCUUUGCAGGUGGACCUGGAUGAUGUGGCCGAGGAGGACCCCGAGUUGGUGGAGAGCAUCUGUGAGAAUGCCAAGCGCUACAUGGGCCUGUUCGCCAAUGCGGUCCACGAGCUUCUGCCAGAGUACCGCGAGAGAGAGGUGGUGGCCAAGGAUUCCCUGGAUGUGUACAUUGAGCAUAGGCUGAUGAUGGAGCAGAGAGGUCACGACACCGCAGACACGAGGGACCCUCGCAACCAGUACCCAGCAGAGCUCAUGAGGAGAUUCGAGCUGUACUUCAAACCGCCCAGCACUGCCAAACCCAAAGUGGUCCGUGAUGUCCGAGCAGACAGCAUUGGUCAGUUGGUGACAGUUAGGGGCAUUGUCACCCGUGCCACUGAGGUCAAACCCAUGAUGGCAGUCGCCACUUACACCUGUGACCAGUGUGGCGCAGAGACAUACCAGCCGAUCCAAUCCCCCACCUUCAUGCCCCUCAUCAUGUGUCCCAGUCAAGAGUGUGUCACCAACAAGUCCGGCGGCCGGCUCUACCUGCAGAGCCGAGGCUCAAAGUUUGUCAAGUUCCAGGAGCUGCGCAUACAGGAACACAGUGACCAGGUUCCUGUGGGGAACAUCCCCAGGAGCAUGACCAUCUACGCCCGCGGGGAGAACACGCGCGUGGCCCAACCCGGAGACCAUGUGGCUAUUGCUGGUGUCUUCCUCCCUUUGCUGCGCACUGGCUUCAGACAGGCUGUCCAGGGUCUGCUUUCAGAAACGUACCUGGAGUCCCACAGCAUCACACUGAUGAACAAGACCGAGGAUGACGAGCUGGGCACAGCAGAGCUGAGCGAGGAAGAGCUGCGCCAGAUCACAGAGGAAGAUUUCUACGAGAAGCUUGCGGGCUCUAUCGCCCCUGAGAUUUUUGGCCAUGAAGAUGUAAAGAAGGCUCUCCUGCUGCUGUUGGUUGGAGGAGUGCAGCAGGCCCCCAAAGGCAUGAAGAUCAGAGGCAACAUAAAUAUCUGUCUGAUGGGAGACCCAGGAGUAGCCAAGUCCCAGCUGCUGUCUUACAUCGACCGCCUGGCUGCUCGCAGCCAGUAUACAACGGGCAGAGGAUCCUCUGGCGUGGGACUGACGGCAGCUGUGAUGCGUGACCCCCUCACCGGGGAGAUGACCCUGGAGGGCGGAGCCCUGGUUCUGGCCGACCAGGGUGUCUGCUGUAUUGACGAGUUUGACAAGAUGGCCGACGCCGACCGCACAGCCAUCCACGAGGUGAUGGAGCAGCAGACCAUCUCCAUCGCCAAGGCGGGAAUCAUGACCUCCCUCAACGCCCGCUGCUCCAUCCUGGCGGCCGCUAACCCUGCUUACGGCCGCUACAACCCGCGCAAGACCAUUGAGCAGAACAUCCAGCUGCCGGCCGCCCUGCUCUCCCGUUUUGACCUGCUUUGGCUCAUCCAGGACAAGCCUGACACGGAGGCCGAUCUCCGACUGGCCCAGCACAUCACCUAUGUUCACCAGCACUGCCACCAGCCACCCACUCACUUUACCCCCAUCGAUAUGAAGCUCAUGAGGCGUUACAUCUCCCUGUGUACGAGGCGACAGCCCGUCAUCCCAGAGGCACUGGCUGAUUACAUCACGGCGGCCUACGUGGAGAUGAGGAAGGAGGCGCGUGUCAGCAAGGACUGCACCUUCACCUCCGCCCGUACACUCCUGUCUAUCCUCCGCCUAUCCACCGCCCUGGCCCGUCUGCGGCUGGUGGACGUGGUGGAGAAAGAGGACGUGAACGAGGCGAUGAGGCUCAUGGAAAUGUCCAAGGACUCCCUGCAGGCUGACAAGUCCAGCACCACCAGAGCCCAGCGGCCGGCGGACGUGAUCUUCUCCCUGCUGCGUGAGCUGGCCACGGAGGGUGUGAAGGGUCGUGGUGGGUCUUGGGGUCUGGUGCGCAUGGCGGAGGCCGAACAGCGGUGCGUUUCCCGUGGCUUCACCCCUGCCCAGUUCCAGGAGGCCCUGGACGAGUAUGAAGAGCUCAAUGUGUGGCAGGUCAACCAGGCCCGCACCCGCAUCACCUUCAUCUAAAGAGCUCUUUCACAGCCACAAGCCUCUUACACAAAACCAGGGAAUGGCUUGGCCUGUGAAGAGAUGGCUAAUGGGCUACUGACUACAAUGGGACCCCCUUAGUGCGUCCUCAUCUACACCAUCAUGACAGAAUUAAAUGCAAACAUGCAUAGUGGUUUUGCAACAGCGAAACGUUGCUAACUGUGGGGGUUUUGCUUACUUGGCUAUCAAGUGCUUUUUAAAAAUAUUAGAUGGCUGUUGUCAAAUAAAACUCUUUGUAAAUACAUUAUGUUCAUAAGCAAUCUGUUUGACUCUUUCAACCUCUUUUGUAUGAAGUAUACUAUAUAUAUGAAGUUUCUCUGACAUUUUGAGCUUCUGUGUUACAGAAGUUAAAGUAAUUUAAGACCAGCUAUAAGGGCAUUAAUGGACAAUACUUUGAAUGCUUCUACAUUAUGAAUGUUGGUGUUAAUAAAUGAAUGGCUUAACUUGU